AUGUUAGAUAAGAGUCACUUAGUACUACGGUCUAUUAGUAUUCAUCUUCAAUUAUGGGCUCAGAUUGCCAAGCAUCUCCCCGGAAGAACAGACAAUGAGGUGAAGAAUUCUGGAAUUCAUGCAUUAAGAAAAAGCUCAUGUCACAAGGUUUGGAGCCCAAAAACCCAUAACUUGAUUCCUAAUUCUCAUCAUCAGAAAUCAGCUUCUAGCAAGGUUGCUCAACAGCAACCCAUUCAAGUGCCUUUCACUGAAAUAAAUGCAUCACCUAUUAAUGUGACAUUACGUACUUAUCAAUAUCAAGAUCUUGAUCAAAACCCUAGUAAUGCUUCUUGGACUAGGGUUGAGGAUCCUACCUUCAAUGACAUCAUCAGGUUGCCUCAUCAACCAUCCACUGAUCACAGCACACUGAUCAAUAAUAUUUCCUCUUCAUCGUCGUCUUCCUCGGUGAACCUAUCAGUGUUUGGUCUCUUGGAAAAUAGUAACAUCUGGCUUUCUGGUGCUGAUCCCUUUGAAGUACCAAGAAUACUAUUGGGAGAGCAGUCAAAGGGAGAAGAAGUAGUUCUACAGCAAGAAAAGGAGACGCUCUUGGAUCAGAUGGAAAUUAAGCGUAUUGAGGAUAUGGAUCAUGCUUCAAUAUUUGAAAGUUCUAGUAUUGAUUUUAGCUUUGUCGAGUCUACACUUAUGUCGUGUGGAGAAAUAUCUCAGGAUCUGAACUCUAUGUGUAAUUUUGCAUGGAGAUAUUAG